AGCUCCCCUGUGGCAUGAGCUAACGACACUUUAAUUCAGGCCUGGCCAUAUUUAGGCAGAGCUCAGCGCUGUGUAAACACGCCGCUUAGUGCCGAGGGGAGGGCUCACUCCUGCACUCAUGUCUGUGUCCAUCAACAGUGGAUUGCAGAGAGCCCAGUGGAGAAAGGUGAUGAAGAUCCUGAAGCUGGCAGUGCUCAGGGACCAUGAAGCUCAUUAUUGAACAGGAGGGUUGUGAAACAUUCUGCUGAUCUGAGAUGGAUAACUUGGACUACCUGUGAGGACUGAAGAGUGCAGGGAUCAGUUUAAAAGUUUGUUUAACUCUUGCUCAGCAGCAUGAGUGAAGCUGUGCUGGAAAGCUCCGGCGCUCAGUCCGUCAAGCUGCAGUCGGCGUCCAGCUCGCCCUGCGGCUCUCCCAGGAUGUCCCCCUGCGACUCCCCUCGACACUCCCCGCUGCUGUUUCGCAAGCUGCUGGUGAACCGCAGCAUCGCCCUGCAGCGCCGCUUCACCUUGGCGCACACACCCAGUUUUGAUGUGGAGAAUGGCCUGUCGGUGGGUCGUAGUCCACUGGACUCUCAGACGAGCCCGGGAUCCGGUCUGGUGCUUCAGGGCAACUUCCCUCACAGUCAGCGCCGGGAGUCUUUCCUCUACCGCUCCGACUCAGACUUCGACCUGUCGCCCAAAACUAUGUCUCGCAACUCGUCCACUGCCAGCGACCUGGAGGAAGGAUUGAAGCAUUGGGAAGUUAAUUGGCUGCCUCGGCAUGGAGAAGACAUGAUAGUGACUCCAUUUGCGCAGGUUCUGGCCAGUCUGCGAACAGUAAGAAGUAACGUUGCUGCUCUGACACAUCUCCAAGAUCGUGUGGUGAACAAACGACCAUCGAGCGCCAGUCAGCCGCCGCUGUGCAAACCGUGUCUCUCAGAAGAGCCCUAUCAGAAGCUCACGAUGGAGACUCUGGAAGAGCUGGACUGGUGUCUGGACCAGCUGGAGACGCUGCAGACGAGACACUCAGUCAGCGAAAUGGCGUCCAAUAAGUUUAAGAGGAUGCUAAACCGUGAGCUGACGCAGCUGUCAGAGACGAGUCGCUCAGGGAACCAGGUGUCAGAGUUCAUCGCCAGCACUUUCCUCGAGAAGCAACAUGACUUGGAGAUUCUGUCUCCGCCUUCUAAGGAGAAGGAGAAGAAAAAAAGGCCGAUGUCACAGAUUAGCGGUGUGAAAAAGGCCACACAAAGCCCAAGCUUAGCGCCUGCUUGCAUCCCUCGCUUUGGAGUCAACACACCGCACGAGAGCAUGUUGGCAAAGGAAAUUGAGGACCUUAAUCGAUGGGGUAUGGAUAUUUUCAAACUAGCAGAAUAUUCAGGAAAUCGCCCUCUGACGGUGAUGAUGUACUCCAUCUUCCAGGAGCGAGAUCUCCUGAAAACCUUCAAGGUGCCAAUUGACACCUUCCUCACCUUCAUGAUGACUUUAGAGGACCACUACCAUGCGGACGUAGCUUAUCACAACAACAUCCAUGCUGCUGAUGUGGUGCAGUCCACCCAUGUUCUCCUGUCCACUCCUGCUUUAGAGGCGGUGUUCACAGACCUAGAGAUCAUGGCCGCUCUUUUUGCGAGCGCCAUCCAUGAUGUCGACCACCCAGGCGUCACGAACCAGUUCCUCAUAAACACAAGUUCUGAAUUGGCACUAAUGUACAACGACUCGUCUGUGCUGGAGAACCAUCACCUCGCCGUCGGCUUCAAGCUGCUGCAGGAGGAAAACUGUGACAUCUUCCAGAACCUCAGCAAGAAACAGAAAGACUCACUCCGGAAGAUGGUGAUUGACAUGGUUCUGGCCACAGACAUGUCCAAACACAUGAACUUCUUGGCAGACAUGAAGACGAUGGUGGAGACCAAGAAAGUGACGAGUUUGGGAGUCCUGCUGCUAGACAAUUAUUCUGACCGCAUCCAGGUUUUACAGAACAUGGUCCACUGUGCUGACUUAAGUAACCCAACCAAACCACUGGAGCUGUAUCGGAAAUGGACGGACCGCAUCAUGGUGGAGUUCUUCACCCAGGGAGACCGAGAGCGGGACAAGGGGAUGGAGAUCAGUCCUAUGUGUGACAAACACAACGCCUCCAUAGAGAAGAGCCAAGUGGGGUUCAUUGACUACAUCGUCCACCCGCUGUGGGAGACCUGGGCCGACCUGGUGCACCCCGACGCCCAGGACAUUCUGGACACGCUUGAAGACAACAGGGAGUGGUACCAGAGCAUGAUCCCCCGCAGCCCCUCGCCGACGAGCCCGGACGAGCCUCACGCUGAGGUGGGACCCGCAGCUGGCACUCCAGGGUCAGGAGGAGCCUUCCCUUCAUCGGGAGGAGACAAAUUCCAGUUUGAACUCACCUUGGAAGAGGAGGAGGAGGACGAAGAGGAGGCGGAGUCUGACCUUGAGAGCCCCUUGGAGGAGGAGUCUCUGACCAGUGGAGAUCGGAGACACGAUUCGUCCUCGCCGUCCCUGUCUCCAGACCCCCGCGGCGGCGGCAGCAGCAGGUACCGCCCUCCCUCCCCUCACCCGUCUCGGACCCUGAGUCUGGCCUCUAUGUCGGUGCGGAGCCCCCACCCUCACAGGACGCUGGACUCCCCGGGGCCGGAGGCUUCGGACAGGAACAGAGAGCUGAGCCAGGAGGGUGACGGCGUGGCCUGCCUGCGGAUGGGAACGUAAUGACCAGCAGGAGCCGCCCUGCCGCAGAGACAUGAGCGCCGGAGGCCGGCGCCGUCGGCAGGGCGAGCCUUCGCCAAUAAUGUCUGUAAAAUCACCACAGUCCCUUUACACUGGAGACACCUUCUCUGGAGAGCAGAGGAGCAACUCGCCUCUGUGUUUUUCUUUCUUUUCCAGCAAGAUGAAAUGUUUUAUCCUCUGUCCGAGUGCCUGAUAGGCCUUUCUGGUUUCCUGCAGCUUCAGCUGAUGAAUAAUUGCUGCAUUUGAACUGGGAAGAGUGGAAUUAAGGCUUGUACUCACACAAAAGGUAACAAAACCUAAAAGGAAACGUCUUCCUCCAAAAUAACUGUGACAUCCGACCAUGAGCGGCGAAUGAGGACUACAGUGGUGUGACAGGGUUUUGGAAAUGAUUUUGCACCAUCGUUUUAAUUUAGUAUUUAGGAUAAUUAAGUUGGGAUAGGUGAGUAUGAUUUAUUUCUUUAAGAAUGGCGUGUGAAAUGAGUCAGUUAACCAAAUACGGGAUGUAGACGAGAAAAUCGACGGACCUAACCUCAGGGUAUGAAGUGAAGCAUAAACCUAAUGUAGCACAGGUGUACUGAACCCCCAACCCAAACCCAAACCGUCUUUCCUGUUUGUCUCAUUGAGAAAUGAGACGUUGUCCCAAAUGUGUGUCUUUACAUUUAUUUAAAUCCCUUUAAUAGAGAAUUUGGCAGAUGAAGCAAUCAGAUACUCAAACCAGCUUGUAGCACCACAGGAACCGAACACUUUAGACUGAACCCUAGUCUCACCUGUUGAAAAGACACCAAUGUAUACUUAGUUCGAGCUUUAUUCUAUUUUUUACCGUAUAUUUUAAAUUGUUUAUGUUUUAAUUUCUGUACCGUUCCUCAUUGUAUGUUUGCUGGUCUCAUGUGUGUUUUUGUGCUUAAGAAAAGCAUUUUUUAAUCAGGGUGCCUCCAGUCCGCAGUAGCACUUUACCGUCUUUACCGUUCUGCUCUCGUAUUUAGUCACACAAAGGGCUUCACCCACUGUAGGCCUACUGAUCACACACACAAAAACAAACUGUACAGGACAUUGGACUACAGCUCUCAGAAGGCAGAGCAGGCCACAAACUUAACAUCUUAUGGACGAGCAUGAACGAUCCCGGCUCUCCAGCAGCUUCUAAAGCUACAAGUUGAAGGUUUCUGUUGUUUUAACAAAAAUUAAAGCGAUCGUGUAAACUUUCUCACUAUUAAAAGAAAGUACAAUUUGCUAUAAAUCUGAGUUCAUACAGAGAAAACUGUGGGUCUCCUUACAUCGAGAUACACAGGGUUCCUACACAGGCUUGAAAUAAAUAAAUUUUAAGAUAAACUUUGAAAAGGAAAAUUGAAUUUGGAACAAAAUGCACCUUUAAGUCUCCAAGAGGUUAUAAAUGGGUAGUUCUCCCUUAAUUGGAAGAUUAAAUAGUGCAAAAAAAUGUUUUUCCUCUUUGUUAAAUGCAUCAAAAUUAGGAACACUCACCAUUUUUUUUCUGUAAAUGCAUCAGGCAGCCAUGUAUUUUAGGUGCGUUUUGUCUACAUUUUUCCAGGAAUCAAGUUAGUUUUCAUUUAUGCUUCGAGAAAAAAAAACUCAAAAAUGUUCCAGCAGAAACAUGGCAGUUAUAGAUAAAUCUUAUAAAAAUACAGUUUAUGCAAAGUUGUUAAAAAUGUCCUGACAGUAGAAAAUGACACAAUUUGUGAAAUUAGCUCUGACUGCCCCUUCCAGAAAAGCACAAUUUCCCUUCAGAAACAACCAAUCAGAACCAGGAGGAGGGUCUUAGCGCUGUCAGUCAUGCUCAUGCAUAUAGUACAAUUUAGCACAAACAGGCUCAAGGUUGCUGGUGUGCUGCAGCUGUGCUUAUGGCAGAGAAACAACCUAACUUUGCAGAAAAAUAAACUUAGUGAGUUUUUCUCAGAACUUCCUGCUGCAGCUUUAAAUGACUUAUAUUACGCACUCAGCAUCUCUGAAAGAUUAAUUCUACCUUCAAAGUAAUUUAUUAGAUAUUUAAACCAGAAAUGUUACAGAAUUUUUAAGUGUUUUUGCUCCUCAACAGAAAAUAAAACAAGCACAGCAGACAUUUAUAAAAGCGUUCAAAUUCAAAAAUAAGAAAAUGUGUUCUUUUUUUUUUGUUUAAUCAUCAGGACUGAAGGAAUAUAAAUAUUAAAUUGUAGAAUUUGCUCUCAGUUUGUCUAGAUGCAAAAAGCUUCACACUGGCCUCUUUCCACUCCACAAGUGAAAAAGAUGUUUCUUUCAAGAAGUUUCUUGAAAUGUGGAAAAAAAAAGGACAAUAAAACGCAUUUAGACAAGAGUUUUGUAUUAAAAUUCCCAGGAUAUGUUAAAAAUACCUGCAGAAAUGUAGGUAGCAUAUAAAACUGGAGACGUGUAGCAGCCCUGUGUAAAGCGACGUAACGGUUUAAAGGCUGAUCUUUGGUUGUGGUUGAGUUGGUGAAGCUCACACUCUGUCCACUCUGUGCUUCUGAAGUUGAAUGAAGUGUGUUUGGUUUGGUAAUGGUAGUUUUCUUUAUUCAUAAAAAUACCACUAAAGAAAUCAAAACCUCAGUUAACCAGCAACAACUGUUGGUUCACUAUUGCGUUAAAAAAAGGAAAAUCUGCACCAACUUAUGAACUUCUUGUGGUUUUCUGUUUAUUAUUUUUAUUAUUUAAGAGCUCUAGCUGUCGAAACAACUGAAAAAGACACGAAAAAGAACAUGUAAGUAGCUUGUCAUGAGUUUUACACCUGCAAAGGAUUUAUGGUAAAGUUAAUACAUUUUCAAAUUAAUCUAUUAUGUAUUUAGUCUAUUAUUUAUCACCAAUGUGGCUUUUUUAAAAUUGUCAUAAAAACCAAAACGUUACACUAAGCCUGUGUGUCAAGCACUAACAGAUAAGGAGAAAUAUUGGAGCAGUAUUUAUACAGCCACAUACUUUUUGUUCUCUUUUUAAAUGAAAUGUUAAUAUACUUUUAUUUCACGUUUUGUGUAACUCUUCACUUUUUGUUUUUGGUUAAGUAGAUGUAUCUAAUUUCAAUAUGAUGAACAAAAACUAUGAAUCAACAGACGUAAUUAUUGUCUUUUACAGCACUCCGUAUAGAGAAAACUGUACAUUUCUUUAAUUAUUGCACAGACGUCGUUUGUUGCUCCUCUAUUAGUGUACCUUUGUUAGACUUUUAUUUUGAAAGUUUUUAAUUGGUUUUAACAUAACUGCCAUGCAGGUGUGAAACCAUGAAUAACAAAUUACAGAAAUUAGAAGCAAAUUAGUUUUGUUCUGUUUUCAUUAUUUGAGAAUCUGACGGGCUUUGGCUUUGAAAUUAUAAUAAUUUCUGAAACAAACAAGAAGAAACUAUAAAAAAAACUACAAGUAAGCAAACCCUGGUUGGUGGAGAUUCUCCUUACGAUCCACAGUUAAAUCUGUUUUUCAGUAAUAAUGCUGGAUGUUAUUGAAAUGCAUUGAACUCGGACGUGACGCCAUUCCUGAUCCCAUCUUCAAACUCCAAACGCUGCAUGAUUUUAGGAAUGUUUAAAUUUUAAAAAAACACUGCUCUACCUGACGGAUGCUAAGGUCAAGUAAGGCGAUGAGGAUUUUUCUGACAGAGAAUCGAUUGAACGGAUGGGAUUUAAAUAUUAAAUAUUCAUAUAAUUCAGAUUAUCCAAAUGCAACAAUACGUUGGCACCAAAAUUUGAAAAAUAAAGUUGGUGCUCACUUUUGGAUUCAUGUUGAACCAAAGCAGGAAAGUAAUCUUGUUUAUUAACGUAAAGGAAAUAAAGGAGUGGAAAAAAACAAACCAAACCAAACCACAUCUCAAACAUCAGCCACAGGUUACAGGUUAAAGUUUGCUGUCUGACUUUGAGCAUUUUAUCUUUUCUCACAUUACAAAUGAAGAUGUCAGGAACAACAGAAGAAGAAUGCUUUCCUGUUCCAACAGGGGCUGCUGCAGAGCUGAGACAAAAGUUCAAGAAGGUUGGGACUUUGUGUAAAAACCCAUAUUUUACUCACAAUGGAGUGAACCUCCCCUUUAAAUUUAUAAACAUUUUUUUAAUUUCUAUUUUGAAGCCAGAGGACAGUUUUUAAUCUUUUAAUUAUUUGAUGAAUGAUAUGAUGUUCCAUCUUCCCAGUCUGAAAUUUUUCCACCUUUUUUCUUUUUAUACCCAAUUUUAUUCCUGAACUACUGACAACAAAUCUUAGCAGCUGCAAAAUGCUCCUCCAGCAGCUUAGUGUUUAAACCUCUUGCCUCUGCAAUCUUUUCUUUAUUAUGUCCUUUUUUGAGAUGCCACCAUAUUUCUUUUUUUUUCCUCUAGAGGUUUUUUUGAUUUCUUAAUUUUCACUUUUAUGUUUACAGUUUUUUGUGAAUCCAGGUGCAUCUCAGCAAUCAUUAUGGUAAUUUUUGAAAGUGAAAACUUUUAUGGAUUCAUUACACAGUGAGUGUAAUAUUCCUGGCAUUUAUUUGUCUUAGGUUAGUUAAUCAUAACUACUAGUUAAUAACAACUGCGACCUGGCAACCUGUCCAGGGUGACCCCACCUCUCGCCCAGAACGUUAGCUGGAGAGGCACCAGGACCCCUCCUGAACCCACUGAGGACAAGGGUGUAAAGAAAAUGGAUGGAUGGAUGGAUGGAUGGAUGGAUGGAUGGAUGGAUGGAUGGAUGGA